AUGGAGUUGGGCAAUAUUGCUCAAGCCCUGGAGAAUAGCAGUAUUCUCGUCACUGGUGCAACUGGAUUUCUUGCAAAGAGUACUUCUUUUCUCUCCCCUUCUACGUCCAUAUUGCGCGCAUUCUUCCUUUUUUCUGGCUUUUUUAUUGAGAAAAUACUAAGGGUUGAACCAAAUGUAAGGAAACUCUAUCUUGUUCUAAGGGCGCCAGAUAGCAAGUCAGCCCUGCAACGGUUCAAUUCAGAGAUUAUAGCAAAGGACUUGUUCAGGGUUGUAAAAGAGAAAUAUGGACCAAGCUUGAGUGCUCUGAUUAUUGCCCAGAAGAUUACAGUUGUGGCUGGUGAUAUUAGCAAGAAGAAUUUAGGAGUUCAGGAUCUGAAUCUGUUGGAAGAGAUGUGGAACGAUGUAGAUACUGUUGUUAACCUUGCUGCUACUACAAACUUUGAUGAGAGAUAUGAUGUAUCUUUUCGCAUCAACACAUUGGGAGCCAAGCAUGUCCUGAAAUUUUCUAAAAGAUGCACUAAAAUAAAGGUGUUACUCCAUGUAUCAACAGCCUACGUAUCUGGAGAAAAAGUGGGAGUGAUUCGGGAGACCCCUUAUGGUUUGGGUGAAACUCUUAACGGCACAUUCGAAUUAAAUAUUGACAAUGAGAAGAAAAUAAUUGAAAGAAAAUUAGAAAAGCUCUGGGCUGUGAAUGCUACCGAACAAGAUGUAGAAUUAGCUAUGAAGGAUCUAGGGACCCAAAGGGCAAGAAAAUUUGGAUGGCCAAAUACGUAUGUGUUUACAAAGGCAAUGGGAGAGAUGCUUUUGGGGAGUUCAAAAGGCAAUAUCCCUCUGGUCAUUGUUCGACCUACUAUAAUCACAAGUACAUAUAAAGAGCCUUUCCCAGGUUGGGUUGAAGGAAUGAGUUUUGAUGACAUGAACACAGAAAUAUUACGUCGAACCGUGAGGAACCACGGCGGUGAGAAUACGUUCUAUUUUGAUCCAAAGAGCAUUCAUUGGGAAGACUAUUUUAUGAACAUUCACAUUCCUGGGUUGGUGAAGUAUGUAUUCAAAUGA